AGCGUGAGGGCGGGGCUAGUGCGCACGCAGCUUCAGCCCCUUCCCCGCCCUUGCUGUUCCCGGUCUCUCCGUCAGCCUGCGGGUCCCGUCUGGCGGCUGCUUCCGGUAGGAGAGCAGCACCGGGCGAGCUGGUCUCGGGUCCUUGUUAUGUCCUACGGUCCUUUAGACAUGUACUGGAACCCGGGGCCUUCGGGGCCCCAGCUCCGGGACUUCGGCAGCAUCAUCCAGACGUGCAGCGGCAACAUCCAGCGGAUCAGCCAAGCCACCGCUCAGAUAAAGAAUUUGAUGAGCCAGCUAGGAACUAAGCAGGACUCAAGCAAACUACAGGAAAAUCUGCAACAGUUACAACAUUCCACAAAUCAGCUUGCCAAGGAAACAAAUGAAUUGCUGAAGGAAUUAGGGUCCUUGCCCCUUCCCUUAUCUACUUCAGAACAGCGCCAGCAGAGACUUCAGAAGGAACGCCUCAUGAAUGACUUCUCUGCAGCCUUAAACAAUUUCCAGGCUGUGCAGAGAAGGGUAUCUGAAAAAGAAAAGGAGAGUAUUGCCAGAGCAAGAGCUGGAUCUCGUCUUUCGGCGGAAGAGAGGCAAAGAGAAGAGCAGUUGGUCUCAUUUGACAGCCAUGAGGACUGGAACCAGAUGCAGAGCCAAGAGGAUGAAGUGGCUAUCACCGAGCAGGAUCUGGAGCUUAUUAAAGAAAGGGAAACGGCAAUUCGGCAACUGGAGGCUGACAUUUUGGAUGUCAAUCAGAUAUUUAAAGAUCUGGCUAUGAUGAUCCAUGACCAAGGUGAUCUGAUUGAUAGCAUAGAAGCCAAUGUGGAAAGCUCAGAGGUGCAUGUUGAAAGAGCCACUGAUCAGUUACAGCGGGCUGCUUACUAUCAGAAAAAAUCUCGUAAGAAGAUGUGUAUCCUGGUGCUUGUCCUGUCAGUGAUUAUUUUAAUCUUGGGACUUAUUAUCUGGCUAGUUUAUAAAACGAAGUGAUUACCUCAGAGACUUCUCCCGCUGAGCUGUUUUCAAGGGCAAGUGCUUGUUGGAGUCUUACCAGAACAAACUGAUCACAAGAAGAGAGCAUACACCAGAAUGUCCUGUAAUAAUUUAGUUAGAAACUAACUACUAACUAGUCCUUGGAAUUAGUGACCUAUGGAGACAGUAUUUAUCAACUUAUUGAUUUUAUUGAUUUCACAAAUUAGGAAUUAACCUAUGUGGAUUUUGCUUUCUCUUAUAUUCUGAUUGCCCUUCAUCUCUACUGUUUACUGAAAAUUCUAGAUAUUCUUGAUAUUCUAGAUAUUCCAUUCUAGAUAUUCUUGUUUUGACAGGUGACACUACAGCUCGUAACAUUGUCUUUUAUGUAUGUACAAAAUUUACCUUUUUAUUAGCAACUGAGAUAGAAUUACUUACUGGCACCCAGCAUAUUAGAAUCUGUCAGAAGCUGUAUAAUAGGCCAGCAGUUUUUAUUAUUUAACAUUUUAAUUUAAAUUUAUAAGAAGCCUAUUUCCUAUGUGUUUUGAAAGAUUUUGGCACUAUAUUUAAUUGGAAAGUAAGAAAUUGCACAUGUGAUCCAGAUUAAAUGAGAAGUAUCUAUUUGAGCUGACCAGUUGCUGGGGGUACAUGUUACUAAUCUGGGUUUAAAGUUUACUUUAUUAUUGCUAGUGGCAUCCACAGCAGUUCAUCCUCAUACAUACUAAGCCAUCUUGUCACUUUUUAAAGAGUUUAAUUUAAUUAACAUUAGUACACUCUAUGGGGUCCCUCUCCCACCUAUCUGCUUAGAAAGGGAGAAUUAGACAUAGCAUGCUUUUGAAAAGCAAAUAGGAAUUGUUCAAAAUGAUUUAAUCUUUUUAUUGUUAUUCACUUGUGGUUUUACAUUCCUGGUGAAUGAUGAGAGUUGCUGUCAAAAGGCUGCCCCCUACCCUAUAAGGGUUGCUGGGCAUUUGAUGGCGGGAAGAUUUUAAAAGAGACUGAAAUUGGCUUAAAACAUAGUCCUAUGAGCUUGGGGAUAAAGCAAAGAAAAUAUUCAUUUUUGUAAAUAAUACUGGUUUGGAACAGUGAUGUUAGACUUACCCUAAUUUAUGAACAAGAGAUUAAUCUCUCCAUGCAUAGUUUUAGACCAAAAAAAGUUUCAAUAAAAUUGCUGUCUUGUAAUAUAAAUGUUGUCCACUUCCCUUUUUCACAGACCUAGAAUAGUUAAAGGGAAUAUAGUUGUUUAGGUUCUCACCUAAAGGUGAACUGGGCCAACAACUUCGGUUCAUCCCUCAGUAAAUUUGAGGAUUUAGCUACCUUGGGUAUAUUUAUAUUAAUCUCUUGCAUUCCCCUUAAUGUUACUUAAUCUUCUAAAUCAAACAAAUGUGAACAGUAGGGAAACAAGCACCCACAUGCAUAUGUUUCUUUGCACUUAAUAAACAUUUUUAAAACUUUUGUAGUAAGUUCUUAUGAGUUAACAUCCUAAUGAAGUAGGUAACAGGUAAUGUGCUGUUAUGAGAAAAAUUGAGAGUUGCAAGAAGACUGGAGACCAGGUGAGGGUUGGUUUUGGGGGUGGAAUAUAUGUUGCUGCCUUUCCUUGAAAAACAGGAUAGAGCUGUUGGGGUGGCACAGUGGCCCAACCAGCAGCUUCAGAGAUAAUUCCUUGAUUCUAUAAUUGUCCUAUUAGCUCCAAAUUAUAGUUGAGCUUAGAUACAGCAUAUGUAACAUUUCAGGAAAGAAAGUCUUGGUCAUGAGAAACUAUUUACAUUUGGUUAAAAUAAAGUGACUGUAAAAUAAAAGGUCUGUUCUAUAAUA